UAUGCCCUCUUUAGGAUGCGAGCUGCUAUCGGGAAGAUCGCAGGCAUUGGGUACAGUAAUAAACGUAUAUCAAUUGAAAGCGAUACUUUCAGUAUAGAAGAGGAUUUCGUGAUGAGAAUACCGUGUCUUGUAUUGACGGCCGUGUUGGCGCUAACCUCCGGUGAGCUCGUUCGUUUUGAUAACUACCGAGUUUAUGAUGUUGCGAUUGACAAUGUCGAACAGUUGCAAGUUAUGCAAUAUUUAGAGCAAUUCCCUGAUGGGUACAUCUUUUGGGAAUCUCCGGUGCAGACAGGAAUGAAAGUUAGCAUAAUGGUACCACCACACAAGGUGGAAGAUUUCCAAGAUUUGUGCUCUCGACUGGAAAUGGCCGUUUCUUUAAAAAUAGAAAAUGUUCAACGAUUGAUUGAUACGGAACGACCAGCCCGCCGCAAGCGCGAAGGAUUCGGAUGGGAAGACUACCACACAUUGGACGAAAUUUAUGAGUGGAUUGAUGGCUUGGUAGCACAGUACGGAGACAUACUUUCCGUGGAAUUGAUCGGUCAUUCGUAUGAAGGUAGGGAAGUAAGAGCAGUGAAAUUGUCGCAUAAAGAAGGUAAUCCUGGUAUAUUCGUGGAGUCCACUAUUCAUGCCCGCGAAUGGAUUACGUCGGCAACAACUACGUGGAUUUUGAACCAAUUGUUAACUUCAACGGAUCCGGAAGUUCAAGAGAUCGCUCGGAACUACGACUGGUAUAUAUUGCCUGUUGUAAAUCCUGAUGGAUUCAACUACACUAAGGAGACAAACCGAAUGUGGAGAAAAACGCGAUAUCCACAUAGUGUACUGUGUUAUGGAGUGGAUAUGAAUCGAAACUUCCCACAUCAUUGGAUGGAUGGUGGGUCGUCGAUAAACCCGUGCACGGAAACCUAUGCUGGCCCGGAACCAGCAUCUGAGAUUGAAACGAAAAACAUUAUGAAUUACUUUGUUGAGAAAAAGGAGAAAAUUCAUUUUUACCUCUCGUUUCACUCAUAUGGUCAACUUAUAUUGUUGCCAUUCGGUUAUCAAAAUGCCGAAAAGGUCGAACGUUUCGGCGAUUGGAUGGAAAUGGCUGAAGCAGCUGCUAUUGCGUUAUCUAAACGUUAUGGCACGUUGUAUCAGUUUGGCAACACUGCCGACGUAUUGUACAUUGCAUCCGGUUCUACACGGGAUUGGGCUUUGGGAGCUCAUAAUGUCUCAAUUGCAGCGUCCUAUGAAUUCCGUGACAAAGGAAACUAUGGUUUCAUACUACCGGCUGACCAGAUCGUCUCCAACUCAGAAGAAGUUUUAGAUUCCUUGAUUGCCUUUUUGGCCAAAGCACGAGAAUUAAACUAUUUUAAGGUUUAAAUAAAACAAUGUUUGUACACUAUUCGGCUUCUAUUUGAUAGACCAAUUGAACAACAAAA